CAGCCUGGUCGAGAUCAUGACCAAGGCCGUUAUCUGGAAUUCAAGUCCUCAAAAACAUUUGACAGUGAACGUCUAAAAAACCACUUGAUUCGUGAAGUUGAAGUCAGGGACAGAGAGUUCUGUGGGGUCCUAUGUUACAUGGAGCCCAACUGUGUCAGUUAUAAUCUUGAAAAAGAACCAAGUGCCAACAACGAAAUGCACACAUGUGAAUUGAAUAAUUCUACUCAUGAGGGACACGAAGUGGACCUGGUGAAAAGCCCAAGUUUUGUUUACCAAGGAGCUAAGGUAAGGACUUGGCUCCUUCACUGUAGAAAACUGAGCUUUGAUGCUCACUAUGAUUAGAUAUGACGUUAGGAAGUAAAGCUCGCCCUUUUAUUCCGGAGUGGGGGAAGAGGGGGAGGGGGGUACAGGGCUCAUCGACAAAUUUUCAAAUUAGGUCGCAUGAAGUUGCAUUCGCGUUUCACUUUUUUCCGUUUGGGAAAAGAGGCUGUGCGUGACCAAUAACAAAGGUGAUGUUUAUGGGAGGAGAAUUGUCACAAAUUCUAAUUCAAAACUAAAAUCUACAAGUGGAUAAUUAAUAGAUGUAAAGGGAGUGGCACAUGCUUUUAUCAAAUCAUGCAGAUUUUCCGAUAAACUGACUCACUUUGUAGUUGUGAUUUGUUUAAUCCUAGAGCGCUUGUGUUAGGAACCCCUGCAAGAACAAUUCUACUUGUCAAAGUGGUUUUACUGCCAAAGGUUUUCGCUGUUUGUGUGCUGAUGGAUUUAACGGUCAGAUAUGUGACAAAGGUAAUUCUUGUAUUCAACGUGCGUUCUCAACCAUCUCAGUUCGUGAAGAUACUUAUACGCUGCUAAACAAAAAUAAGCUCAGGAUGUUGACAUAACAUGUAAAAAAUAGACCUCAAGUAUUGGUUUGCACGACCAAAACUGCGGCACCUUUAGACUUUUAAGUAAUUUGAAAAUGAUGCAUGACAUCUCUUUGUUAGAUGUGGAUGAGUGUGCCAAAGAAACAGAUGAUUGCAGUGCUGCUACCAUCUGCAAAAAUACCCACGGAUCAUACGACUGUGUGUGUAAACCUGGAUAUUCUGGCGAUGGAUGGUCAUGCAUGGGUAAAUAUAGACAUAUUUAACUGCCAAACGAAGAGUAAGAAAAAUAAUUGUUGCUACCUCUAAGCCAGAAGCUUACGAUCUGUAUAGGAUGUGUAGCAAUGUAAGAGCUGCGACUAAACAUUUAAUUUACUUUCAGACGAUGAUGAGUGUGUUGUAGGAGAACGUACCUGCAGCGCUGAUGCUCUGUGUACCAACACCAAGGGAUCCUACAACUGUAAAUGUAAACCUGGAUAUUCUGGCGACGGAUGGUCUUGCAUGGGUAAAUAUUGCCGUAUUCAAAUGGAAAACGAGGAGUAAACAUUUGUUUCUUUCUCUAACAAGAAGCCAACGAUUUCUUUAGCAUGCCUAUCGGUAUAAAAGCCUCGACUAAAGUUCAGUUUACUUUCAAACGAUGAUGAGUGUUCAUUAGAAAAGCACAACUGCAGCGCUGAUGUUACAAUUGUGAAUGUAAACCGGGAUAUUCUGGAUCUGGAUGGAUUUUCAAUAGUAAAGUUGAUUUGCUUGGAUUGUUGUGUAGAUUAAAGGAGAGACAGCUGCGUGUGAAUUCUAGGUACGAUCAAAUUGUUUAGAACACAAGCAAGAAAUUCCCCUACUAAAACAGCGAGGUUGAAUCUUUCAGAUAUAAACGAGUGUACUGAGAGACUAUCCAACUGCAGUACUGAUGCUGUAUGCAAGAAUACCAAGGGAGCGUACAACUGUUCAUGUAAACCUGGAUAUUCUGGAGAUGGACAAACGUGUGAAGGUGAGUUCGUACGUGCUCAGAAAACCCUAAAGGAUAUUCAUGAUGAUCAACCGAAGAACAUAAGUGAAGGGCUUUAG